GUAGGCAUGCGGGCGUGGGCUCGGGAGCCAAUGGCAGCCGGGGCGGAGCUGGAGCACCGCCUCAUAUGCCCCUCCCCAGGGCGCUUGCGGAGGGCUCGGCCGCCAGCGACCGAGCGGGGUACCCUGCCCGGGCUGGGCCUUGGGGGUGCGACGCCGAGGGCGGGGGAGCGCGCGCCGCUGCUCCGGGACCGGGCCGCGCGCGCCGCUUCAGGAGCUGUCAGCGUUGCAAGAGGAGCCUGACAGAAAUCCUGGCCGAUUACUGGAGCACCUGUCCUUCAGCAGCCUCUGCCACCAGAACGCACCUGGGAGCUGCGAGGUGUGGCGCCCACGCAGCUGCAGCCAUGGGGUCUGAGGACCAUGGGGCCCAGAACCCCAGUUGCAAAAUCAUGACUUUUCGCCCAACUAUGGAGGAGUUUAAAGACUUCAACAAAUACGUGGCCUACAUUGAAUCGCAGGGAGCCCACCGUGCGGGCCUGGCCAAGAUCAUCCCCCCGAAGGAGUGGAAGCCCAGACAGACGUACGAUGACAUUGACGAUGUGGUCAUCCCGGCCCCCAUCCAGCAGGUGGUGACGGGCCAGUCAGGGCUCUUCACGCAGUACAACAUCCAGAAGAAGGCGAUGACCGUGGGCGAGUACCGCCGGCUGGCCAACAGCGAGAAGUACUGCACCCCAAGGCACCAGGACUUCGAUGACCUUGAGCGCAAGUACUGGAAGAACCUCACCUUUGUGUCCCCCAUCUACGGGGCUGACAUCAGCGGCUCCCUGUAUGACGACGACGUGGCACAGUGGAACAUUGGGAGCCUGCGGACCAUCCUGGACAUGGUGGAGCGGGAGUGCGGCACCAUCAUCGAGGGUGUGAACACGCCCUACCUAUACUUCGGCAUGUGGAAGACCACCUUUGCCUGGCACACGGAGGACAUGGACCUCUACAGCAUCAACUACCUGCACUUCGGCGAGCCCAAGUCCUGGUAUGCCAUCCCGCCGGAGCACGGGAAGCGCCUGGAGCGGCUGGCCAUCGGCUUCUUCCCCGGGAGCUCGCAGGGCUGCGACGCCUUCCUGCGCCACAAGAUGACACUCAUAUCGCCCAUCAUCCUGAAGAAGUAUGGGAUCCCCUUCAGCAGGAUCACGCAGGAGGCCGGGGAGUUCAUGAUCACAUUCCCCUAUGGCUACCACGCGGGAUUCAAUCAUGGGUUCAACUGUGCAGAGUCCACCAAUUUCGCCACCCUGCGGUGGAUCGAUUACGGCAAAGUGGCCACACAGUGCACGUGCCGCAAGGACAUGGUGAAGAUCUCCAUGGACGUGUUCGUGCGCAUCCUGCAGCCCGAGCGCUACGAGCUGUGGAAGCAGGGGAAGGACCUCCCGGUGCUGGACCACACUCGGCCCACGGCCCUCAGCAGCCCCGAGCUCAGCUCCUGGAGUGCCUCUCGGGCCUCACUCAAGGCCAAGCUGCUGCGCAGACAAAUUAGUCUGAAGGAAAACAGACACUGGAGAAAGGCUGAGGAGGAGAGGAAACCCAGUCUAGAGAGGAGGAAAGAGCAGACCAAAAAGCCGGGGCUGGCGUCCCACCGGAAGCGCAGCCAGCCCAAGAAGCCCAAGCCAGAAGACCCCAGAUGCCCAGGUGAGGGGGCAGCCGGGGUGGCCCUCCUGGAGGAGGUGGCAGGCUGCACCAAGGAGGAGGCCGCACCUGAUGCUGACCCUGACGAGGAGGACGAGGAGCCGGCACAGGGCCAGGAUGGCGAGGGUGCUGAAGAGGACAGCAGGGGCAAGCCGCGGCCCGCCAAGCCCAAGGGCGACCGGAAGAAGAAGAGCUACGGGCCCCUCUCCCCGCAGCUACCACCCCAGGCCCUGCCGCCCCCGCCAGUCCUGGUUCCCGCCGAGGAGGCCACGAGGCUGCCACCCCCCCUGGAGCCCCCGACUGCCGAGGAGGGUCCCCCGCCCCCGCCCCUCAAUGUGGUACCCCCUGAGGUGCCCAGCGAGGAGCAAGAGGCCAAGCCACGGCCCAUCAUCCCCAUGUUGUACGUGGUGCCCCGGGCUUCUGAGCGCGACCGUGGGCCCCCGCAGGCCGCUCCCAUGGAGCUGGCAGGGCCGGAGGACGAGGCCAAUGCCCGUGGUGGCGAGGUGCAGGUCCCAUCCACCUUCUCCAAGCUGAAGAUGGAGAUCAAGAAGAGCCGGCGACACCCCCUGGGCCGGCCGCCCACCCGGUCCCCACUGUCAGUGGUCAAGCAGGAGGCCUCGAGUGACGAGGAAGCCCUGCCCUUCCCCAGUGGAGAGGAGGACGUGGGUGACCCCGAGGCCCUGCGGCCGCUGCUGUCUCUGCAGUGGAAGAACAAGGCAGCCGGCUUCCAGGCCGAGCGGAGGGCCAACUCAGCAGCCGCGCUCACUGAGCCCUACUGCGCCAUCUGCAGCCUCUUCUGCCCCUACAGCCAGUCCCUGCAGACAGAGAAAGAGGCGCCCCUGGCCUCUGUCACUGAGGGCCCGCCAGCCCCGCCGCCUUCCAGGUGCGGCCUGAAGACGCGGCCCCUCAUCCCCGAGAUGUGCUUCACCUCCAGCGGGGAGAACACCGAGCCACUGCCUGCCAACUCCUGCGUGGGUGACGAUGGCACCAGCCCGCUGAUCGCCUGCGCCAAGUGCUGCCUGCAGGUCCAUGCCAGCUGCUACGGCGUGCGCCCCGAGCUGGUCAAAGACGGCUGGACGUGUUCCCGGUGCACGGCCCACGCCUGGACAGCGGAGUGCUGCCUGUGCAACCUCCGGGGCGGCGCCCUGCAGACGACCACCGACCGGAGGUGGAUCCACGUUAUCUGCGCCAUCGCCGUCCCCGAGGUGCGGUUCCUGAACGUGAUUGAGCGCCACCCCGUGGACAUCAGUGGCAUCCCCGAGCAGCGGUGGAAACUGGCAGGAAGGCCUCUUAUUCAGGAGGAGUGAUGGAGCAGCGCGGGCGCCAGUGAUAAAUCCUCCCUCCAGACGCUUUAUGGAUCUUCUGACAUUUCCAGCAAGCAGCCUCUUCAUCGCGAGCACUUGUAACGAUGAAUUAAAAAUCCUUUUACACGGGCCCGCGUGUCCUGCCUAAUGGGGCCGUGUACCGUGUAGGCAGCGCACUUAACUCCUGCACACCCGGCCUGCUUGUCCCCAUCUCCUGGCUCCCUCCAAGGCCUCCGGGGACCAUGGCCUGGCCAGGUGUGUGGUGACUGGCUGGGGGGGUCCUGGCCACCAGCACCACGCCCCCAAGAAACAGGAAGUGCAGGCCUGGCUGGGCCCUGGGGGCCAGGUGCAGGGAGCCAGCCGUACCCACUCUGCACAGCCUGCUCCAGUGCGGGGCGGGGUCAGCCUCUGAGGUAGGAAAGGGCUCUCCACUCCGGGGCAUGCGCACACGGGCAUAUGUUCCUCCUGACGCACAGACCCAGCCUAAAGAGCUGCCCCCAGGCCUGGGAGGGACUCCUGUGGUGCCCAGGCACGGUAGCCCCGGGCUUCUCCUGGGCUGUGUCUGGGCCGGCUGGGGCUGGUCUAGGGUGCCAUCUGUGCACCAGCGUGGAGCAGGGACCCAGCCUCGAGGCGGAGGCUGCCAGGCCCGCCACACAUCAGCACCAGGCCCUGAGCCUGAGAGCUGGGUAUUGACAGUUUAAUAAUGAGAUCUCAUUGCCAUCGAUCUGAUCCUCGAGUGCUUCGGAGCUGCUGAGCUGCUGCGGCCCGGCCCGGCCCGAGGCUGGUGCUUAUCUGGCCUUUGAACAUGGUUUGAACAGUGAUAAGGGCUGCUUAGUAAACGAGCUCACCUCUGUGAGGCAGCCGCCUAGGCUGUGGCUCCAGGGCCUCCGGGGCACAGAAAGGCCGUGUGGCUCUACUCCAACACUGCCCCAUUACCACGGAGGCUGCCCCGCUGCCUUGGCUACAGCUGAGCUGCAGGCCCUGGUUCUGACUCCUCUCCCGGUGCUGAGAUGGUCCCAGGCCUCGUGCUGCUGAGGGGCAUCCCGGCCCAGUCCGCCCACCUAAAAUGCAGGUGUUUAGUGUAUUUACAGCUGCAACCUUCACGACUCAAUUCAGAACAUUCCCUCACCCCAAAGGAAGCCCCAUCUGUCCCCAUGAGCAGUCCCCCGUCCCUUCCCAUCCCCAAGUCCACUUCCUGUCUCUGGAGUUGGCUGUCCUGGGUGUUUCCUGUCCAUGGGGCCCAUGCUGUCCCGUGUCUGGUGUCUCUCACUGAGUACAGCUUGCUCAGGGUCCCUCCAUGCCUUGGCAAGUGUCACAGCCUUGCUCCUGUCCUGGCCAAGUGGUGUCAUGUGGCUGACCCUGUGUGCCCCUGUCCAGCCCUCGAUGGACACUGCUGCUUUCGCCUUUUGCCUUUGGAGUGCCUCACGUGUUUGCCUCCCUUAUUCUGGGGUGCUCCUGGGGCCCCAUUUCCCAGCCUACUCAUGGGGCAGGCAGAUGUAGCGGUGCUGGUGAGACCCUCCCCAGGUCGGCUGGGGGCUUGACGGGGGCAGUUGGCCAUCGGUCCUGGGGUACAGUGAGCCCUGUGCCCCCACAGAAGUGUGUGUACUGCCGCAAGCGGAUG